AUGGGGGCAUUUCUACAAAAUUACCUGCAGGACCGGACUGUCCGUGUCUGCAUCGGUGGCACAACAUCAAACAUCUUCACAGAAGCCAACAGGGUCUCCCAGGGCUCUGUCCUUGCAGUGACGCUUUUCCUCAUAAGCAUGAACUCAGUCUUCCAAAAACUUCCCAAAAACAUCUACAUCUACGUGUUCGCAGAUGACAUAAUCAUCGUCGUCGCCGGCAGGAGUAUCAAACUUACUCGACGAAAAGCACAAGCAGUGGCCAUCGCCAUCGAAAAAUGGGCUACCUCCGUUCGAUUCACUCUCUCACCCACCAAAUGCUCUAUUACGCACUGCUGCAAUGGCUCCCACCGACCGACCGGGACAUCCGUCUUUCUUUCCGGCACCAACAUACCCUACGCGAAGGAACCCAGGAUCCUUGACGUCACGUUCGACAACAAACUAACGUUCCUCCCCCACUUUCGCAAUGUAAAAAGUGACUACGAAAGUCGGUUAAAACUGAUGCGAACGAUCAGCAACGGCCACCCCAAGUGGAAUAGAUCUUCAGCGAUUAACGUCAGUAAAGCACUAAUACGGAGCAGAAUAUAUUACGGUAUCGAAGCCACCGGACUCCGCCGUAACAACCUCAUCACCACCCUGGCCCCAACAUAUAACCGCUACAUAAGGAUAGCAUCCAACCACCUGCCCAGCACCCCUGCCAACGCGGCAUGUGUGGAAGCCGGUCAGCUCCCCUUCCGCUGGCAAACCGCCAUUGUCAUCUUUCGUCGAGCCCUUGGCUACCUAGAGAAAACAUCCGGGCAAGACUGCAUGCUUCUUGACCUAGCUAAACAACUCCACCAACUCUACACCGGCAAAGAACUGCCCCAGCUGGCCCGGUUCCACUCUGCGAGAAAUAAGCCGUGGUAUAACACCAACAUACCAGCAAUUGAUACCAGCCUUCACCUGGCAGACCUCCCACCCGUCGCUGCCAGAGCCAGGUUCCACGAUAACACCAACAGCAAGUACAAAAACCACUACCAUCUCUACACCGACGGCUCCAAGACAGCCACUGGAGUUGGCAUCGGUAUAUCAGGCCCAGAACCAGCAACAAAUACAUCGCUACAGUUACCAACCACCUGCUCCAUUUUCUCUACCGAAGCAGCAACGAUCGCGUGGAGCCUUAUCACUAAACCGUCCAACCAACCAACGGUGGUUUUCUCAGACUCACUUUCAGUCAUCACCGCCCUCCAAUCCGGCAACUGCCGCCACCCUUUCAUCCAGGCAAUAGAAAACCACAGCGACGCGGGAGUCACCAUCUGCUGGGUACCCGCCCACUGUGGCAUCCAAGGAAACAAAACAGUAGACCGUCUGGCAGCACUGGGACGAUCCAGCGCGCUAAUACAACACCCAGAAACACCAGCUGCUGACAUAACAAAGUCUUUCACCAACCAAGUAGCCACCCGCUUCACCAGGCACUGGGGAUCAUCUUGGGGUCACACCCAAAAAAUCAAGGGCGACACCACCAAGUGGACCGACCGGAGCUCCAGAGCUGAACAAAGAAUACUAUCACGCCUAAGAGUCGGUCACACCAAAACAACCCACACGCACACCAUCUCCAGAGCAGACUCACCAACAUGCGAGACAUGCUACACCAGAAAGACAGUGGAACAUCAACUGGUAAACUGCCUCGAGCUUGCUGAUCUCCGGAGACAGCACGACCUUCCACCAUCCCUGAGGGACAUUCUCUGCAACGACCCAGUAAGGGAGGAGGUCCUACUGCCCUUCCUAAAGGAUGCCGACUUGUUCCAGAAAGUAUAA